AUGUCUUCGAAUAAUGAAAAUGACCGAGUUCCAAUAGAAUGGGGUACCUUCGUCCCAUACGAAUCGAUUGAAAAUCUCCAUAAUGCUGCCAAACAUUUUGAAAUAGACGUAUUGAACUCCUGCGAAUGGGUAGCAACUGAAAAAAUUGAUGGA